UGAUGAAGGGGGCACUGCUUAUGCUGGCCUUGCUGGUGACCGGAGAGCUAAGCCUCAAGACGGUAGAAGCUUGCCCUGCUUUCUACGGAGUCUUUGGUGCACUUGUCGCUGGAGACAAGCACAUAUUGGACAGCCUCCUCGAUCAGGUCAAUGCUACUGAACCAGAAAAGGCAGCCUUUGAAAACAUCCAGGAAUGCUUCAAUGAGGAGGGUAUCAAAGGCAAGACGCUGGAUGUGCUCGGCCUGGGCUCCAUCGCCAUUAGUGCAGAAUGCCUCAGCUUCACAGGAAAAGAGAUAAUAGAAGAUAUCAAAAAUGCACUUUCCAAACUGAACCCUUUUUCGAGAUGAAUCUUUGCCACUCAUGGCUGACGUGAGCACCAUCUUCUUGCCCUGCUCUCCAUCCCACCUGAAGCUGGAAUCCAGACACCUGUCCCCACCUGAUGCU